AUGACGGGUUAUCAUAAACCCGAAGAAUAUUACGAGUCAUUAUACUGUUUACAAUUGAUGAAUCGCGGUCAUCUCCUUGAUGUCGCUGGUGUUAUUGAUCAUCAUUUAACUUUAAUUUUACCUGGUGCUUUGAUUUCUGAUGGCUGUCAUAAAAUGAAUCUGGAACAGUCAGUUGGGCCUACCGUUGAUAAUUUAUUCAAUUCUCCUGUAUCUGAACCUGGUCCUACAAAAAUACCUUCUGUAAUUGGAACUAGAAAACCGAAUACUACACGGCAAUGCUUUGACUGUGGUGCCACAAAUCCAACAUGGGCUAGUGUUACCUACGGUGUUUUUCUUUGUAUUGACUGUUCGGCAGUCCACCGUUCACUUGGAGUUCAUCUAAGUUUCAUUCGAUCGACUCAGCUAGAUACUAACUGGACUUGGGUCCAGUUGCGCGCAAUGCAAGUUGGUGGCAAUCAAAAUGCGCUUACUUUCUUCUCCCAAAAUAAUUGUCGUUCCCUGGAUGCUCAGGAAAAAUACCAAAGUCGUGCUUCCCAACUGUACCGUGCUAAGCUGGAAAAACUUGCUAUUGACGCUGUUAAAACCCAUGGUAACAAGUUGACUCUGGAACUUGAUGAAGGAAAAUUCAAACGUGAUCAGGUGGCUGACUUUUUUGAGGAACAUUCUGAAAGUGGUACGACUGACAUUAGAAAUGAUAAACCUGUGAUAGUAACAACAAAAAUGAAUCUGGAACAGUCAGUUGGGCCUACCGUUGAUAAUUUAUUCAAUUCUCCUGUAUCUGAACCUGGUCCUACAAAAAUACCUUCUGUAAUUGGAACUAGAAAACCGAAUACUACACGGUCUAGUGCUAAAAAAGGUGGGUUGGGGGCAUCAAAGGUGAAAGCUGAUUUCUCUGCCAUCGUUUCGGCUGCCGAACGUGCUGAUAUUGAAAAGAAAUGUCAGAUUCGUUCAACUGAUAAGGAUUUAGAAGAUAAAGAAAAACGUAAUGAAGAACGACUUGCGUCACUUCGGUUAGCGUAUAAAGAUAUUACCGAUGGAUGUGAAAAGCAAGACACUGCCAACUUGAAGUCUACGGACUCUCAACGUGCCAAACAAGCUGAACGCCUUGGUAUGGGUAAAAUAGGUACAGGCAACAGAGAAAUAUCGCACUCAGCAUUUGCAAAUAUUCAAAAAAUAGAGCAAGAAAACUCGGCUCCCACCCACACUUCAUCGCUAAGUUCAAAUUUGGACCCUUUCUUCAUUUCAAGUUACAGUAAUAGAGACCGUGAUACACGCAAUUUUUUCGAUUCUGGAGAUGAUAAUUUAUUCGGAGGCUCUGCGACGUAUGGUAUGAAUGGCGGAUGGUCAAAAAAUAAAUCAAGGGACAAUGACUGGGAUGGGCAUUUUUCAGACCCUUUUAAUCAAAAGCCAAACAAAACACGUGAUUUGUCUACUGUUGCUGAUGAAUUUCCAACUAAAUCACCCAGCAAACAGCCUACAUCUCUUUCGUCUAAACAAUCAGAAACUAAUCCAGAUCUAAGUGAAUUAAUGAAGAAGUUUGCCAAUGCGACUUCUAUAUCGUCGGAUGCGUUUUUUGACCGAAAUGAUUCUGAAUCUGAUGGGCUCUCAAGAUUUCAAGGGAGUUCAUCUAUUUCGAGUGAUGAUUAUUUUGGUCAUCCUAAAGUGCGACAGUCUCAGGUAUCUAAUGAAUUACAAAAUAUCAAAGAUGGUGUCAAGCAAAGUGUAACUAAAGUUGCUGGACGGCUGUCAAAUCUGGCAACUGACGUAGUACACACUCUUCAAGAUCGAUUCGGUUAG